GGUACCAGGAAGUGCCAGACCUGGAACACGUGGUGGAGAUGGUGGAAUGGGAGGUAUAUUAUUUAACAACGGAUUUGUCUCUCAUUGCUUUUAAGGAUUAUAAAAUUUUGGAAAAAACAAUUUAAAAUUUGUUUGUAUUCACUUAACACGGAAGCGUAUGCACAUUUAAGGUAAUUCCGCAGUAAUUGUUCCCGAAAUGAGAAUGUGCUGAAACUUCCCAGGCAUGGAGUUUAUGAUAUACUUAAAGUAAAAUCACACAAAAAAGUCGGGGUCACCGAACUCGUUAAGAAGAUAUGACAAUCACAAUAUACCACCUUUACCCCAAUAUGGCGCCAUCUUGACGCUCAUUACGAGUAACAGCAAAAUCACAACAGCCCGAUAUUUAUUGACGUUUUUAGCGCGGAUUCUGCUUUAGUAAACCUAUCUUGUAAUUAUUUUUGAAAAAAUAUUGUGUUUUGAGCAAAAUGAAACUACUAACGUGUACAAUUCUGAUCUAUAAAUGUCUUUUCUACAUUUCUUUACAUAUUUUUCUUGGAGAACAUGCAUUGAUAAAGGAUUUUUUCAAGAUCCAGAAAUGAUUUUUCUUUUAAUUUCGGAUAUGAAAUGUAAAAUGCAUUAAAGAAAUAAAUUAUCAGUUAAAAAACGGGGGUCACCGACCUUUUUAGGGAAUUGUGGCAUUAAAACGUGAAAUACAAGUAAAUAAAUAUACUACAGACACAGGGAACCCUAGCUACACUUUUGUAUGCCUUUUUUGAAAACAUUGAUUUUAACGUAAUUCUUUGCACGAAUGUAACCAAAGAUGUUUUGAAGUUGUCAUAAAUUUUUUUAUGAAAUUUUUUUAUAAAAUUUUAUAAGUUAUAAGAUGUGCGCAGUAAAAGUGCGCAAUGCAAAACUGCGGAAUUACCUUAAAGAAGCCAAGUGUGUUUUUUGCAACUUUGCUAGCAGGUGCUAAAGUUGCACAGGUCCUAGCUUUUCGAAGAAUCCCGUUCGUACCUUGCCUGUAUUUGGAUCUUAUAAUUAUAUUUUUAUUAUAACAUUAUAUGUAUACAUUUAAUCCAAAUAAAUUUGUUAAAAUGAAGACCGUCAAGCCGCUAACAAAUGGGUUGCUUAUCAUGCAUAUAGGCUACGUCCACCCUUUUUCGAAAACGAAAAGUAUGGAUACAACGUACUAUACUUGAAAAAUACAAGGAGAACUUCGACGUUUCGAAGUUCGUAGGGGAAAUUUUCACAAGUAUAAAAGCUCAUGUAAUUUUUCCGUGGCCUACGCUUGAAAGUUUCCUUCGCUUGUAUUUUUUAUUUUUUCAGCUAGUCGUAUCCCUAGAACGGUAUAUACAGACCGUUCAAAAUAUGUGUACCCACAGUUAGUAGCGUUUUCGGAUCGUUUUCCACCGCCCUCACUAGCAUUGAAAUACUCAUUUCGUCGUUAACGUUCAGCCUAGUUCAUGUUGUUCUGAAGCAUUUCAGCACGUGGAACCCAGGAACAAAAUAAGAACAGUGAAAAGACUGGGCUGGUGAACGUUAAUAAUGGAAAGAUCCUGGAAAGCAUGCACUCAUGGAAAUCAACAGAGAAAGACGCAAAUCCUUAGUGUUAGUCUCACUGAAAUUAUUCGCCGAUGAACAUGUAGGCUUAUAAGGGCUUUGCAAUGUUAGAGGUCUAUUAACAAUAACCCAGGGCCCAGUUGUUCAAAGCACGAUUAGCGCCAACCUUGGGUUAAAAUUUAACACGUUUUGGUUUGCGCAUUUCCGCGUGGUUUGUUUUAAAAAUUAGAAAAUAGAACUUUUAAUGAUCCAGACAAGAUUACUGGGAAAAUAUUUCUAAGUUUACAAAUUAGCUGUUGAGAAAUUUUGUGUAACGUUUUAUGUACUUCUAACUUAUAUCGGUUUAGAAGGUAACCGACUUUCGAACAACCGGUCCCAGGACAUGCAGUUUUGAACAUCCUGUUGUCUUGUUGCUUGCAGAUUAGUUGUGAACAAUAUAUAUUCACUUUGAGACUAGCAGUUCAGCUGAAAUCGGAGCAAACAAAACAUACUGACAUUAGCACGUUUACUAUACGUAUGAUUGUGUUCAUGACGUCAGUGUUUUUGUUGCUCGUCCACAUUCAAAUCUGAAACGCCUUCGUUUUCAAAAUCUCCACUGCAUUUCAAAGCCAUUUUCGAAAAGCUUGUUUUCAUGGAUGAAAGUAUCCUUUCCCCAUCGUAUGGGUGGACAAUCAGUGAAAACGCAUAUACAUGUACAAACGUACAUGAAUGCUUAUCGUUUAAACCGUAUAGGAACCUCCGCUCGUGCUCCGAAUGUUAGAACGUUGGAAAGCAAAAGCGCUAGUUGCCUACGCCGGCUAUAGAUUUCUUUAUUUUGAAAGAUGAACAUUUUCCUUUCAGCUUUGAACUCUCAGAUCAGAGUGACUGACCGUCCAAUGACAAGACAAGGUAUUGGUAUUGCCACCGGAGCAAAAGGUACGAAUCUUGUUUUGAUGAGAAAUUCUGUCAUAAAAUACAAUACAAAAGAUAAGAACCGUUCAAAAUGGUUCAAUUGUGUCGCUUACAUGUGAAAAUGUCCCGAAAUGACACGCAAUAACUUGUGUACACAAUUUUACCAAAAUGCAAUCCUAAUCCAAUGGCAAUGUUAUCAUCAGCUGUGAUUUGGAAUAGGACCAUGCAGGGUUUUAUGUGAUAAUUAAGGAUAAGCAUAAGCGAUCUGGAUAUAGCAAGGAUUACGUAAUUGCUAUAUGAGAGUUAGGAUAUUGGUAAAGAUUAUGGUUAAAGUUUUGAAUAAGUGCCCGAAAUAUAGUUACGGUUAACAUAGGUUGUGAUGGCGCUGUCAGAGCAAGCGUCUUACAUUUCUUAGAUUGCAUGCAUGCAUGUGGGCUUGAUUCUUGCUGCGGACUUAUAAUACUAUAUAAUGUGAAGACGCUGUACCAAAAGUCAUAUAUUGUCCUGGCUACUCCAUGCAGUUUCCUCCAACACGGCAUGUUUACAGGGUGGGUUGGGUAUCCUAUGCAAACUAACCCUUCCAUCAUAGCUGUGCUCCAUGGCCACCCUUAGUAAUGCAAAUAUUCGAGUCGAUCUAUCCAUGCAGGUCGAGCUGUGUCCUUCGUAUAAUUCAGCUCAGUUCUCAGCUGCGAGCGAGGAUGAUUAGCACACCCCACUUACUUACCAGUUCAGUACAUCUUGCUAUUCGUUAUUUUCAUUGAAACGUAGGCCCACACAGACAAGUGCAAGACAAGUCUUACUUCAUGGGACAGCUAAGGUAUUGUAUACCCAUAUAUCUUGAGUGUUGAAUUGAACAAUAUUAAAGACCUCUAAUUAAAGACGUUGGUUGAAAGAUACAAUUACUGUACCAGAAAAAUAUACGCAAAAGUACUGCUAAUUAAGCCCUGGUCAAACGAGAGUGAGAGUUGAUGAGAGUUGGCAGUCACGCAGUGUUACAGAGGACAUUUCAAGCUCUAGAUUAACAAAAUAAAUGUUUGAUAAGUGUUCCAACUAUACGUAUACAUUUUAACUUGAAUAAAGAACAAUACAUUAUAUAAUAACGUUAGGAAUUCAAGCGCUUUCAUUGGUCGAGAGCCAUGGUCAAAGCCUUAUCCAAUAGCAUUCCCUUAUUUGUAUAGAUCAUGUACGCGUGAUAUUUGUAAAAUUUUGACUUUUUCAAAUUUCCAAAUGUUUGAGUGGAUAAAAAGUAAGCUAUUUACUUGUUUAAUUCGGGGGUUUUCUUUUUAUUAUAUAAAACAAAUAGAUAAGAUUUUACCGUUGUCCGUUCAGUUAUAGAUACACAGCAUAUAUAUAUGACAUCAUAAUGUGUGGGAAGACCAAAAAAGUGACCCGCCUCGGCGGAUCGUGAACCACUUUUUCGCUCUUCCCACAUUAUGACGUCAUACUGUGUAUCAGUGUGUAUCUAUAACUGAACAGAACGGCAAAAUCUUAUCUAUUUGUUAAAUAGAUAAUGUUGUUUGCAUGUACGUAAGUAUUAAGAACAGCCAGCCCUGGAACAGCUAACCAAAGGUCGCGUGAUUACUAACUCGCAUAACUCGCAUGCAUACACUCUUAUCCUUGUUUGAUGCGUGCUUACUAGUACUUUUUUCUACAUUUUUCAUGUAAUUGCACACUUCAAUUAACCCACUUCUUGAACAUUGUAACUGUAUGCCCAUUUUAAUGUGUUGUUAGUUUGCACUACAGUACAUAUGUCUUUUUCACUUCCUAUACUAGAGCGAAAGUUUCAGAAAUGACAACCGAGAUAGCAAGAAUGCAGAAGGAUGUUGAUAAAUACUCUCAGGAACAUGAAACGUAUCUAACUUACGAGAAAAGGUAAAAUAUAUGCCUGAUUCUGCUUGCCAGGUUAAGUCGUCGCGACAAUAUUUCGUUCACUUAAAGACUCACUACCAUUCCUCGUUAACUCGACAGUUCAAUGGCUAGAGUGGCGGCCUAGAAACACGAAGAUGCGAGUUUGAAUCUCGCACGAGAUAACGAAUUUUUCGUUGUUCUCUGCAGUGUCAGAAUAAUAUGAAAGUGUGAAAGUAGUUUUUCAUAUCUCUGAGGAUGGUUCUGAAAUGGAAUUGAAACACUGCAUGCGCGUCCUCCAAGACAAGCUACCAUUCCUCGUUGACUCGAAAGCUCAGUGUGUAGAGGGGCGGUCUUCAAACCCAAAAAUGCGAGUUCGAAUCCCGCUCGAGGCAACACAUUUUUCGUUCUACUCUGCAGUGUCAGAAUAAUAUGAAAUAUGAAAUAGGGUUCUGAAAUAGAAUAGUAAAUUACCAGUUCUCGUCGUUAUGCUAGAUAGUAAACAUGCAGAUACUCAUAUCGUGGCUAUCAUUAAGGACCAGUAACCAGGGGUGGAUUUAUAGGGGGGGGGGGUGCACAGGGCACGCACCCCUGUUGGCCUUGGUCAACCGAGGUGCAAGGGGUGCAAAAAAAUCAAAUUCAGAAAUAUGGCAUAAUUUCCAAGGUUUUUCCUUUUUUGAAGUCAAACUGAAGCUCAUAAUUCAAUGCCUAUGCAUAUCGCAGGAAAUGGCGUUUCUAGUGUUCUAAUUUUCAAAAUUCUCGAAAUUUGGUAUGGCAAAUUGAGGGAAAAAAAUGUUUUCCCUAAAAAGUUGUCGACGGGAGGGUGGGGGGAAGUUGUUGUCCGGAAAAGUUUUUUUAAUAGGGGACCCUGAGCAGCACCCCCUAGAAAAACUUUGCUGGAUCCACCCCUGCCAGUAACUGGUCAAACGUGGGACGUUUUAUAAUCUUCAGAAACAAGAGAUGGCAUUUCAGGGUGUUUAGAUUUCGGGGGGCACCCAGACCUCUCUAGGAGUCUUGCGCCUAAUUCUGCGUUCGAUUACCAUAUUAUACCUUUGGGCGCAGAAUCGAGGCUUGGGAUUUGGCGUUAUCUGUAAUUGUGUUACAUUACAUCUGAGUUUGUUUCCAGGCUGACUGUGGAAAAUUUUACAAAAUGUUCUUCGACUAUCGGUACACAGUGUGACGUCAUAACGUUCUAAGGACAAAAGGUGUCCCAAGAGCGCUGGGCGAGUUAGUAAUCUUCUUGGGCGGGUAAUGAUCUUACCACAUCAUGACAUUAUUUGUUUAUAGAGCGGAAAGUUUGGCCUCCGAGAUAAAAGAUCUUCAAGGACAACUGGCGGACUAUAAUACAGUACGUGUACACAUUUACAGUACAUGUUAUCUGUAGGCAAUAUGAAGUCUAAUAUACUGUAUUAACUGAUCUAAACUGUCAUAUUUUUGUAUUAUUUCAAUGUUCAUUAAUCCCAGUUCUCUUUUCCUAGCUGUUGGAUAAACUAAACACUGAUUCUGAUAUGGAUGAAAUCAUUCAAGAACAUGAUGCGGUACGUCCAAUAAUAAGAACGUGCAUAGCUCUCUCCCUGCUGGAGAAACCAGCCAUACAUCUUUAAGAACGUUAACGUAGACCUAUGGCGAUUUUAGAUGUGAAAAAAGGUUAUCUGAUUAUAUUUACCAAAAACCUUGAAUCUGCCCCCAAACAGUUCCUAACUGAUAAAUAAAUAAAUAAUAAGAAAAAUUGAUGUCACUCUUGCCUUGACUUUUAUGUAUUGAAAUAGAGAUUAACCGCUUGCUCUUUCAUGCCUUUUCUCGUCCGAUAUAGUGUCUAGACGUUUUUGACUCUUGUUUUUAGAUCAAAGCCAGCAAUGACAGAGAAAGAAAGUCAAUAGACGAUUUGUUCAUGAAACGACAACAGUAAGUGACUAUAGCCAUGCAAUUGAAUUAAGGGGGGGGGGGGAGGGUUGCGAUUUUAAUUUACUACAAAAUUUAAUUUACAGGGAAAAAUUCUUCCUACUAAGUACGUUAGACACUGAAAAAGCCUGUAGUGGUUGUUUUAUUCAUAUCAAUUCUGUUCUAUAGCUGUGCAAUUUAAUUUAAUUUAAAUUGUACAGUGUUUUUAAUCCCAGGAAUGAAAUUUCCUUUCUGUGGAAUUGUGUCCAAAAGCAUAAAAAACCCACUCCUUUUAGUUUAUUUUUAGCCGCGCUAACACCAAAGUAUUACUACAACGUACGUUAGAUAACAUUUUCUUGUCUAUCGUCAGAACGUUUUAAUAGUCAACGAUAUAGUUAUCCAAUUUUCUUUCUAACCUAUUAAGUCUAAAAACUGGCAAAUCGACCACUUUACUCUAAUGUCGAACUAUUUUACUUCAUCUAACGCCCGAAGACUUUACACCCGAACGUGUCCCUCCAACACGAAACCAAGUCACUUCUCGUGAAAUAGGAGACUGUUCAUUUCAUUUCUCUAGAGCAACAACUUGCACUUAAAUGAUUCUGUAUUUGAUUCCAACUGCCUCAUGAUCUCACUGUAUGUGUGUGUGUAUGUGUUGCAGUACUUUGCUUAAUGCCACAGAGACCGUACAGACGUCCGACUCAGCCAAAUUGCCAUGAUUCGUCAUCAAAAUUCACUCGCGAUGUUCCUAACCAGUGCACUUACGAGAGGCAUUCACCCUCUGAACGUCCACAACACCAAGAAGUCGGCCUUGUGUAUAGUUUGUAUUCUGUGAUAAUGCUCUCAGUGUCCCAAUAUUUAAUUGAACUGUUACUGUCCAUAGAAAAGAAGAGCAAAUCAAAGAACUCCAACUUGAAAUAGACCAGGAAAAUAGGAUGGCAGAAAACCUGGUACAAGGCAUGGUAAGUACCAUGGAAUUGUAUUCGUUUCAGCUGUUAAUAAAAUGUCUUUGGCAUAACAAACUAUAUAUGAUGUAAGAGAAGAGAAUGUUUGUAUGCCCAUGGUGAAAAUAUUUAUAUAAUAUUUUUUUAUUAUACAAUAUAUUUUUAUUAUAUUUAUAUAUUUUUAAAAAUAUGUUUUAUUUAUAUUUAUAUGUAAAUAUUUUUUUAUUAUUUAUAUUUAUAUUUUUUAUUAUACAAUAUUUAACAAUUAUUCGCCCAAGGCGAAGUGAUUACCAGUGAAUAUUCACCGAGACGAAGUCGAGGUGAAUAUUCACCGUAAUCACUGAGUCUGAGGCGAAUAAUUGUUUUAGUAUAAAUUUUUAAUGAAUAAAACAAAAUAUCCGAAUAUCAGUUCAAUUAAAUUUCAGAAAUAAAACUGUUUUCGGCCUGUUCACUAAUACUGUAAUAGUGUUGCAGUGUUUCUUGUACACGCACACGCUUUCAAAACGGCUUCUUGUGUGACUUUAUUGCUUUAUUACAAAGUUGUUUUUCUCGAUUUCUGUUUGGAAUGAAACACAAUAACGGAAUGACUCUUUCACCAGAGUUUCUGUUUAGCAUUAAUUUCUUCAGGAAAUGGCUGAGGAAUUUGGUAAAAUGAAAUGUAAAAUUAUAUCGUUCGAAAUAAAGUUUCAAUAAUAAGCAAUUAUUGGAUGAGGCUGAGCAUGAUAUCAAGAAUUAUUCAGACCGAGGUCAAUGUUAUCUGCCGAAGCGAAGCUGAGGCGGAUAACAUAGACCGAGGUCUGAAUAAUUCUUGAUAUCAUGCGAAAGCCUCAUCCAAUAAUUGCUUAUUAUUGAAACUUUAUUUCGAACGAUAUAUUAUACAUUUAAAGACAUGAGAAACGUAUAAAUCGAUUCCUGUUCAUGAGGUAGGAAAAGUACAAUUUGAAUAUCAAACACCUUGCACAAAGUCAAAGGUCAGCUAAAUAUUCUAUUUCUACUUCUAUUUACCCCUUUGUGACUUUUUUCGUGCUUUCACUAUCCUUAUCUGCCAAUAAUUUGGAGAGUUCACUUUCAUUCAGCGAAGCAAAUCUGCUGUAGGCCAUUGUUUGUUUGUUAUAGGUUCAAGCUUUUGGCCGCGCAAGGGUUUGGGCACGAGAGAGUCCAAUAAUUUUUUUUUUGGAUGCAAGUUCGAUCCAAAAAAACAAUUAUUGGACGCUGAUGACGUCAUCGGCGGAGAAUACGUAAUAAAUGCCGAAUACUGAAAGUUAGCCGGUGCUUUCUGACCAAUUAGAAACGAGAAUACAUAUUAAAUGUAUAAUAACACUUUUUACUUUACAAGUUUCGAAAACACAAUAGUACAAUACAUCGUCUCAAGACACCAUAGAGCACAAUGAAAACACGACAUAUCAAAAGAAAUAGUAUCGUACAAAUUGAGAUAUUUAUAGGAUACAAAACAAAAUUGUUUGAAAAAGAAUAUCACGGCUUUUCCCAACAGUUGGGGUUGAAGCGAAUGUUUCGGAGUUUUAAAUAAGUUUUAAAUUGUCCGUGAAUAUGUUUGACACAGUAAAAUAAUAAAGAAAUCCUACCUUUCAAGUUAAUUACAACAUUUUGUGUUUCUUCCGUUUUCUGGGACGAUUUUUUCAAUAUUUUGUCGAUUUUGAAACCAAAUUUGCCGAGUCAUUCUAUUUGAAAAGCAUUAUUUACUACCCAGGUGGUAAAUAAUGCCUCAGAUUUACUAGUCGACUAGCCAAUCAGAACGCGCGAAAGCUCAUUUGAGAUGCAAAAUUUAUACUAAAUUUUAUUAUACAAUAUAUUUAUUAUACAAUAUAUUAUAUAUAAUAUUUUUUUAUUAUAUAUUUUUUAUAAUAUAUUUAAACUACUAUUUAUAGGCCCAAGUUACACACGAUACCGGAUUCGUAUCGGAGCGACAUCAAUUUAAGGUGUUUUCCAGUCUUUUCUGCUCUUACAACUUUUCAUAUUUGAAGUUUGUGACAAAUUCUGUUAUAUUAUAAUUUUGAGUGCUAAACUCCCCUUGAAACUGUAAAAUUUGAUGUCGCAGGGUUCGUAGCGGUCUUUGAAAUCCUUGCAUGAAAGUCUUUAAAUUUGAAUGCAGGUCUUUAAGGUCUUUGAAAAGUCUUUGAAUUGUGUGAAAAAGCGAAGAAAGUCUUUAAAAGUCAUUAAAUUCUUCAGUGAGUAUUUGAUUAUACGAUUUCCUAGCUAAUAAAAUAGAUUGAUUGAAGCAAGAUUUUCGCAAAUGUCGACGAAAAGCGCAUUUUAUGAUGUGGAUAAAAAUGGUGCUCACACUCGCAAUGUUUCGACAGCUGAUUGCUCUCAAAGGUCUUUGAAAAGUCUUUGAAAAUAGGCAGAAAAAAUAUUUGAAAGUCUUCGAAUUUUUUUGGUCUUGGAGACUACGAACCCUGUGUCGCUCCGAUGCGAAUCCGGUAUCGUGUAACUGUGGCCUUAAUAAACGUCACAAAGCGAAAUUGGUAAAAGGAAUGUAUAACAUUUUAUUUUGUAUUUCAGUCAGAAUCGAUGAAGCAAAAGUACUUGAACUUGAAGAAAAAGAAUGGCAGUCUUCAGAAAGUAUGUCACCUUUACCGUCACCGCGAUAAAUGAACCUGCAAUAUACCUGACUGUAGUUAAAUAUAUGUAACUACAAGUAUUUUGCAGAUAUUAGGAGAAGUUAGGGAGCCAUGGAGCGGCGCUACCUGCUUAGUCGUGAGAGGCUAACUCCAAAUUGUGAGCAUUGGCUACCUCCACAAAAGUAGAAUCUGCAGGCAUACAGUUCGUUAAUAAUAUAUCACCCCUCAAGUUUUCUCUUAAAAACAUAGCCGAGCCUCUAAUUAACACACACCAAUGAGGAACAUUUCAAAUGCCAUUGUAAUGAGCGUUGUACGCUGUGUCAACAAACCGUUAUCGUGAGCAAGUAUUUAUUUUUCAUAUUUUUUUUGUGCACAGGAGCUGGAUGAAAAACAGCAACAACUAGACAGAGUGACGACAAAAUUGCAAACACUUGAAGAGGUUUGACUUUAUUUUUCAGAUUGCGAACAGUGCGUUGUAAUGAAUUUUAUAUUGUUGUAAAACUUUAUCUUAAGCAGGGUUCCCAAUUUGGAGUAGGAGGCAUUUGACAGAAGUAGGCGGCUAUGUGGUGCCGAAGGUACCACUUCGCUUCGGAUUCGAGGGCGUCUCUCUCUCUGAAAUUUAAACCUGAGGUUUUGGAGGUUUUUCCAAAUAUUUAACAAGGACCAAAUAUUUAGUAAAAUUUAUGUUAGAAAAGCAGGAAACGUUUCACUUGACAUUUCUGUGCAUGGUAAGGAGGAAAUAUUUUGGUUUUAAAUUUCGUGAAAUAACCGGCGAUUGUCUGGGUUACAGAUGGCGAAAACCGCCGGGUGCCGGCUUCAGUUUGGAAGCCUGUUAAGACUGCAGCUUUCAUAACAUCGUGUUUAUUAUAACAAACAUUUUAACAAGUGAACGCAAUGUUUUAUUUUAGGAAGUAGCAUCUUCUCCUGUCAAGCAAGAAGCGGGUAAGCUAAAAUAUAAUCUGCCAUGUAUAUGUUUCAGCCAAAGUCAAAGAGAUACUGCAUAUAAAUAAAAAACCUCUCGCGAUGUUUCGAGCUAAGGCCCUUCGUCAGGGUAAGCUGAAAUGUAUAUAAUUGUCCACACUGAGUUGCUUGGUGAAUAACUGAUUCGAAGAACUGGUUGUGACUGAGCUGAUUAGGUUAUGCAGUCGAUAUAGGUUUAUCCACACACCAUGCAUAUAUUGGCAUCACAUUAGUAUUUGUGGUUAGAGCUCGACAGCUGUCUCUCUGUAGUUCAGUUGGUUAGAGCACUGCACCGGAAUCACAGGGCCGCAGGUUCGAUUCCUACCAGAGGGCCUAUACUUGCAUUUUUCACAACUGCUUCUGGUUAGGUCUAAAUAAAUGUAUACUCACAAUUUACACUCAAAAUUUCCAUCUACAAAUCCCUUCAAUACUGUAGGUAGGUCUAUAGAUAAAUCUUAACAAACCUAUAUUCCAAUAGAAAGUAUACAUUUCCGCAGUCUCUAUUUCUUUAGGGUUAACCCCUUGGGUUAAUAUUUCUACAGGUUUAACCCCUCAUUAAUCUCUCUAAUUCUCCGGAUUAAUCCCUCGUUAACCCUUAUAAUCCUCCGGAUUAACCCAUCGUUUACCCCUGUAUAAUCCUAUGGGUUGCAGGGCACGUUACCAAUAAAAUGAGUUGAUCUGACUUUAUUUGUUUGAUGAGAUAAUAUAAGUUGACGUAAUAUAUCUCCAACUAUUAAGUAUUGCUGAUGUUGUUGAAGGACUAUAUGAAUGAGAGAAUAACAUAGAAAGCUAUCAACAUGACACCUGAGCAGUAUUUAUCGAUUUUCUUUUGUAGUCACUUUAUAUGAAAAAAUCCAUGAGUUGGAGGAGAAAAAGCAAAGUUUAGUUGAUGAGGCGAACAGCAAAGGCACACCAGCGGAAGAAAGAGAAAAACUCUUGAAACAGGUAUCGUGCAUGAGAAAACGGUUAAUUUGAACACCUCAGGAGAAUUGGGUUAAUAAAAGGUUAAUUUCAACUUAAAAUUAUUAUGUUGUAAUUUUUUAGGUGAAAGAUGAUAACGAGGAAAUCCGAUCAAUCGAGAAAAGGUAAGUUAUUGUCUUUCUGCACAUUAUCUUUGGUAAACCUCAUUUUGUAUAUAUGCCUCUGCCGCAGUGAUGAGCACUAUAAGGGCACGAACUGAUUAACCAACUAGACCUACAGUAAAGCCUGCUGUAUUAAUUGAGCAAAUGAGUAUUAAAUUUGGGCGAUCUAAAAGGUGUAAAGGAUGGAAUUCGUGGGAAUGUGUUGGAGAUCAAAGGCUAUGUUCACACGAGGCCGGAUGAAUUCGUUUAUGGGCAGUAUCAUUCUUACUCUGAAACAAAGGGAAAAUUGUUUUCCUAUAAGCAAUCCAUGCAGUAUACUCCAAUCAUGCAAAUUAAAGAAAAUAGAUAACAUUGACCUGACCCUAAAACAACCCUAAAGCUAACCGUUAUUGAAGUCUUUAGACGUAAGAAGGUUCAGUGAUGGUUAUGGUUCAGGGUUGCUUUAGUGUUUACAUCAUCAAUCGUUAUAAUGUUAAUGGAGUUCUCCUACUCUAUAUAGGAUUCAGGAAAUAAAGGAGAAGGCGAGGUUGACUUCAGACGAGUUACAACAGGUUGAUAUGGACUUGGAGGAAAAUCAAGGUGAAUAUUUUACUUAUUUAGAGACCGAUCAUUAAUCAAAGUGGAUAUUUACCUGAUGCAAUGGGUUUCUUUCAUAAACACAUUACUGGUGAAUUAAUACUAUAAAUACAACAGCUUUAAAUAACUGGUUUAUGUACUGUACAAACAGUUGAAUUUUUGUACAACAAACAAAUUCACGGAAUCUGAACUACUAUACCUAGAUUCAUUCCAUCGCCUUAAUGAUCACUAGUAUUAUCAUCAUUUGGGAAGGGUCACAAUAAAUUCAUUUUAUUCAAAGGGGAAAAAAAAAGUUAAACCUUCAUUCCUCAUUUGACUGGUUUCCACAUGUAUAGACUAUAGCAUGAUGUAACAAUCAUGUUGUAUGGCAAAUGCAUUUUUAGCCAAUCUGGGACACCUGAUUUUCAAAAUAUUCUGGGGGAGCACGGACCCCCCUGAUAGCGUCACCUAGUAGUCCCCUCUAUUUACAUAUCUAUUUACCUUAGGAUCAGACCCUUCGUGCAUGUUAUUUAAAUUAGUUUUAUGUUCUGCCAUCAGCCUGCCGUGGCCCUCAAUGAAUGUGAAUUUGUUUCCAGCAAUUACAGUGAAGGUUUUUUUGCCUACAGGUGAACGAAACCAGAAGUAUCUUGAGCUAAAGAAAAGAGAGGAGACAAUGCAAGGUAUGACGUCAUCAUUAACGGUUGAAGCACAAAACAAACACGUACAGAAGUCCGAAUGCAUAAUGACGUCACAAGGCUUGAUGCCCGCGAGGAAUCCUGGUCUUAGUUGUCAUUGUUUAAUUUUACCGGGCGAUGACUACUAAGACCAGCAUUCCUCGCGGGCAUCAAGCCUUGUGACGCAUUAUGCAUAAAUGUUGAAAUUCUCAGGACGUUUGACCAUCAUCUGUUGACCAGUAACGCUAACUAAAGCCCGUGCACCUGUCAAUUUGGAUCUCAUAUAAAGGAUAUAGAGAAUGAUACAUCGGUGCGCGGAAAUACCAGAUUUAUUUCGAUUGUUGAACAUGAUAUCUCAAGAGUGAGCGCAGCGAACGAGUGAGGUAUUAUGUUCAACACGAGAAAUAAAUAUAUUUCCAAGCAUCCAUGUAUUUUUCUGUUUAUUAUAUAAAGGACAGUCUUCGAAAAGCGAUAAUUUUUACAGAAAAUUGAUAAUUGAAAAACGAUAAUUUUCACAUGAGAAAUUAUCAUAAAUAAUCUCACAUGUGAGAUUAUCAGUUUUUGUCAGUGCUCUCUAUAAAGCACUAUACUUUAUAUAAUAGUGAAAUCUCUAUAAAGUACUAUACUUUAUAUAAUCAAGCAUGUUAAUUUGGAUUUAUAUAUGUGACGUUUUCUAGAGUUUCUUGAUUCCUUUGAGGAAAACAAGAAGAGAGAACUGGUAAGCAUGUAAAGAACUGAAUUCGUUUAAAGUUCGUUUUCUUUUGUUCACGCGAAGCAGAAAAAUAAAUUUUGCGUGGUUCAAUUCAUUGUGAUUGGUUAGCGAAAAAAGUCGCCGCAAAUAAUUCAGAACCAUGCAUGCUCCUAUGUCACUAGCUCGACAACUGGCCUCUGUAGCUCAGUUGAUUAGAGCGCUGCCCGGAAUCGCAGAUUCGAUUCCUGCCAGGGACCAGGGCCGCCGAGAGGGGGGGGCAGGGGGGCAAAUUGCCCCGGGCCCCGAGGUGCUGGGGGCCCCUGAAAAAUUUUUGUUGGGCCCCAGCCUUUUUUGUGUGUUAAAUAUUUCCGCGCAAAAGACAAGAUAUCUGUUUUCUUGGGCUAAGUACCGAAUUUUGGCAUAAAAAAUGAGAUAAAGUCCCUCGAAAGCAAUUGCAACGCCUCGUCCGGAAAAAUUUUGUACUCCGGAAAAUUUUUUUUACCCCUAAAAUGGUACACUGACCGAAAUUUUUUUGGCGACGGGGGGGGGGUAUGGGAGGUUGUUCUCCGGAAAAAAAAUUUUCCGGGAAAAAUUUUUUAGAUAGGGGCCCUUAAAAAAAAAUUUGCCCCGGGCCCCCGCGAACCUCUCUGCCGCCCUGGCAGGGACCUGUAAUUCGCAACUGUUCCAGGUUAGGUCAAAUAAAUCAUAUAAAUGUAUAUAAAUUUCCCAUCUACAAGACCCUUCAACUAUUAUUGAAUCGAGUAAGAUGCCAACAAAAUCUCGAUAUUUUUAGAAUACUAAAUUCGUUCGAGGGACUAGUGAUUGAAACAUUUUAUUGUGAUAUAUCAGUAUGCAUUAUCAUGCAUCUUAUAUGCAUUAUUGAGUGUGAUUAUAUCCACAUGUUUAAUUGAUUGUUAGAACCAUUGUAAUAUUUAGGAACGCACGUCACAGCUAGAAGGAAAUAUCAUGUCAAUUCUGGAACACAUGAGCAGGGUAAAAUUUCUCAUUAUUUUACAGUUAAUGUUAGGUCAAGAUAAACUUUUCAUGCCUGGAUAUUUUGAGCCACUGCACUUUUGCAAUUAUUGCCAAUAUUUUAAUAAAUAUACAUUUUGUGUUUUAAUUUAAAUUAACGCUAAACUAUACUUAAUCUUGAUGUAACUAUACUAUAAUUUUUCCCCACAGAGGAUGAUCCGUUCUAAACAUUUGCCAAGUGUUGGCGAGCUGAAACAAAUGCAGGUAUAAUGCAAGUUUCUCAUCUUAUAGUUGUUUCUCAAUCAGCAACGAACUUCAUACGUACACUUCGUAUUUGUUGGUUUUAUUUCUAGGCUGAUUUAAACUUCAAAGAAAAUGAAAUGCAGAGAUCUCAAAAUACAUCACAUUCGUUACAGUCAGGUAUUCUGUAUUUUCUAUAUUUAUCAACGCUCUAUAUAUUAAGGAUUAAAUAUGAACACAUUAUGCACACUGCCUCGUACCCAGGCGUCUCUUUGUAAAAAAAUAGCGAUGCGCAUAUGACGAGUUUACAUGAAGCAUUGUAGUGGCGAGAGAAAGGCGAAGGGGCUGAUGGGAAGAGUUACAUGUACAAUUCUGGGGAAAGUUGUACGAAGGCCGGAUAGCUGCACCAUCCACCGCUUGUGACUUAUACUGGGUGAGAUGCCUAGAAAUACGGAAAUUUUCCCCUCAUCUUUAUUUCAACUAUUCUUAUUUGUCGUUACUCAAUUAUUGUUCUUUAUAGAACAUGAACGACUGCAACUGGAUUUGGACAAAGUCCAACAGGUACUGUAUAUAUAGGACUGAUGAACAGUGCUCUUGAAAUUUGUAUAUGCAUAUGCAUAGUUAAUAUGAUUAAUAACAGCACCUGAAAUAGACAACGUCUAACCGCCGGUACUUUCGGAGUGGGGGCAUUAAUGUUUAUUUCUGGGGGGGGGGGGGCGUUAUUUGGGGAAAAUGUCACAUGGUCAAACAGUGAACCUUACGUUAGCAAUCCUGAGGUAUGCAAAAGCUCGAUAAGCAUACCUAUACACAUGCUCAGACCACUCACUAGCAAGUAGGAAAAUGAUGUUUUGGAGAAAAAUUUCAACAUGCAACCAAAGAAACAUUAGAGACGUUCAGAUAACCUGGUUCAACCUUACGGAUAUAGGUAUAGCGUCGUUUUGUUAAGCAAUCAAUUUGUCAAUGUCUGUAUGGUUUGCUCGUAAUUACCGUAAACCUUCGCAGUAAACCAUUUAAUCAUCCUGAGUCGACAGAAAAACUAUGAUCAAAUGUGCGAACAGUGAAAAUUGCUAACAACGUGACGCUACCCGACCCGGAACGGCCGUAUUAAGAUACACCGAUCUAAUGCCAAACUGACAACUGGACUACAGCAGUGGCGGGCACUUUGCGAAAUAUUGGGGUGCGAGUAUUUAGAAACAAAUGAAUUGAAUUGAAUUCAAAAGUAUUCAAGUAGAACUGUCAUGAUCUCAUCUUUGAAUUUUGUGAAAUGACAUGGUAUUAUCGGUAUCGGGAAAAUAUCGGUCCUUCAAUAUCGGUUAUCUGAAUAUCGGUGAAUUUCCAUAUCGGUGCAUCACUAGAAUUAGGUUGCCAACUUAUGACCACCUUUUGUAGCUGUAUGAAAUCUUAGUUCUUUAAAUUUUAUUUGCCUUAAAUUUCAUGCAAUACUUAGCAUGGCUAAGGUGGCUCGCUACAGUUCAUAGAAAUGUUGAAAAUGCGUAAACUAGAUCACCUUUUUGAAAAGAUGAUGCUCUUUACAAAUCGAAAUUUGUAUAUUAUAUAUACAGCGACAAUCAAACAGUCGACAAUUGGUCAGAAAAGUGACGUCACCACUGUUGCUAUGGCAACAAUGACGAUUCAAGAUGGCCGAUAUUUUGGCUUUGAAUGCAUUUUACUUUAAAAAAAGAUCGGUUACCCCCAUUUUUUAUUUCAGAAAACAUUUUCUUAUAGUGCAAUGCACUAUCUGACCAAUUUAAAAAAAAUUCUGUAAUGCAAAAAAAAAUUUAUUUCGAAAAACCAUGUUUAUAAAUUUUUUAAAAAUUUGGCAUUACAGAAUUUUUUAAAAAUUUGUCAGAUAGUGUAUUGUACUAUAAGAAAAUGUUUUCUGAAAUAAAAAAUGGGGAUAACCGACCUUUUUUUAAAAUAAAAUGCGUUCAAAGCCAAAAUAUCGGCCAUCUUGAAUUGUCAUUGUUGCCAUAGCAACAGUGGUGACGUCACUGUUCUGACCAAUUUUCGACUGUUUCAUUGUCGCUGUAUAUAUAAGAUACAAAUUUCGAUUUGUAAAGAGCAUCAUCUCUUCAAAAAGGUGAUCUAGUUUACGCAUUUUCAACAUUUCUAUAAACUGUAGCGAGCCACCUUAGCUUACCAAUGCUUUCACGAUUUGAAGUAUUAUCGUUACAGCGUUGUUACAUAGUUGUUAAACUAUCAUGAUAUUCAAAGGCUUUCAGAAAUUAUUGCGAUUCACUGCCCCCCCCCCCCCCCCUGGUGUCCGCCACUGUGCUGUAGUUCAGUGAUCAAAGCGCAGGUUUGAUUCAUACCGGAGGACCGUAACAGACUGCUCCAGGUUAAGUCUGUAAACAGUGUUUCUUGUUCUCGAUCCUGACCUCAACGAGGAUGGUGUCUUAAUAAAAGGCGUUUUAUUACAGCUUGAAAACAAGAUAAGCUCAGAAUUAGAAGUUUUGAAGACUAAAAUUUCCUCAAUGGAGCAGG